AUCUGAAAUGACCGAUCCAAACCCACCCAAUCCGACCUUGGCAGGUCUAACUGGUCCAGAAAUAGUUGAACAAACAGAAGCUUAGCCAGGGGAUACCCGAAAUGCCGACUGCCUUACUCCGAAAGCCAAUAGUUCUUCCCGCCGUGGCUCUAGGAAGCACCAUUGUCUUCAUAAUGUUUUCCCACUGCUUCCAAUCCCCUUCUCGAAAAUUAGAUUCCACGGCGAGUCGAAGCUUCGUCCUCUGGCUUCAUGGGUUAGGUGACUCAGGCCCCGCCAAUGAACCCAUCAAGACCUUCUUCACUUCUUCUGCGUUCAGAAACACCAAAUGGUCCUUCCCUUCUGCUCCUUCAAAUCCAGUCACCUGCAACUAUGGCACAGUGAUGCCUUCAUGGUUUGACAUACAUGAGAUCCCUGUGAAAGCUGAUUCUCCUAAAGAUGAAAGUGAUGUGCUCAAAGCAGUUCAGAAUGUGCAUGCUAUGAUAGACAAGGAGAUAGCUGCUGGGACAGAUCUUAAUAAUGUUUUUGUGUGUGGAUUUAGUCAAGGGGGUGCCUUGACCUUAGCUAGUGUUCUAUUGUACCCCAAAAGGCUUGGAGGAGGUGCAGUCUUUAGUGGAUGGGUUCCCUUUAAUUCCUCCUUGAUAGAAAAAUUCCCACCGGAUGCAAAGAAGCUACACUGAAGGAUGACUAGUUACCCAGUGGUGACUGGUGAGUAGACAUGUGGUUCAAUAGAGAACAUCCUCCAGCUCAAAAGUCUUACUUCUAUGCCUUUGGAUUGGGAUAUGAUUUCAAUGGGUCAGUAUAGCUCUUCUGGUGACUGGGUGCAGGAAAAUAUAUCCUUUGACUGAGAUUUCAUUUUUUCCCCCUUUUUUUUUUUUUUUUGGGGUACAUAUUUCAAAAGACAUAUUGCUUGACAUUUUUUCACCCUUUCAAAGAAGGUAGCCUAGUGCUUGGCUUAAUCAUGUAAGGUCUGAAACUUUUGCAGACACCUAUAUUAUGGUCUCAUGGUAAGGCAGACAGAACGGUAUUGUUUGAGGCUGGACAAGCUGGCCCUCCAUUUCUUGAACAAGCCGGGGUUAGCUGUGAGUUUAAGGUCUACCCUGGUCUCGGCCAUUCAAUAACCAAGGAAGAGCUGAAGUACCUGGAAUCAUGGAUCAAGACCCGUCUACAGGGUUCUUCUUAGAGGUCUGACCAAUUUGAGAACAACAUAUUAUUAUUACAACUAUCAGUAUCACAACUGGUAAUUGCUAAAUUAUACUAUUUGAGAAAAUCUGCUGCUACUCAUUCAUCUUAUAAUAAUGUAUUCUUGCCUCA